UUCCUUCCUUCCUUCCUUCCUUCCUUCCAAGAAACAGCGUUAUACAUUCUUAUCUGUACGUUUGGAUAUUUCCCCUGAAGAAGCCACACGAACACGGAUCAUGUGGGACUACGAUGGCAGCGUGGCCUUCCUGGGGACGUGGGGUCGCUUCCAGCUGAUGGUUUUCUUCCUGCUCUGCUCCACCAUCUUGCCGAACGGGACAGGCUCCUUCUCGCUGGUUUUUAUUACCGACACGCCCCGGCACCGAUGCCGGAUCACAGAGCUCAACCUCAGCCAGGAGUGGCGAGAGGCAGCAGUCCCUCUGGAGGUUGUGGACGGGGAGCCGCAGCCGAGCAGCUGCCGCCGCUACCGACUGGACUUGCUCCGCAACCUCUCGGCCGGUGGGCUGCUCCCAGGUCUCGACGUGAACCUGAGUAGCCUGGAGCAGGAGGACUGCGUGGACGGGUGGGUUUAUGGCACUGAGGUCUACCAGUCCACUGUGGUCUCAGAGUUCGACCAGCCCUUGACCGCCACCAUUUUCUUCCUGGGGGUCCUGGUGGGAUCCUUUUUCUCAGGAGUGCUUGCUGACAGGUUUGGUCGUAAGAUGGUGCUUUUUGCCACCAUAAUCAUUCAGGCCGUGUUCACGUUGGUGCAGAUCGCUGCGCCAUCCUGGGAGGUGUUCUGCUUGUUUCUCUUCUGCAGCGGCCUUGGCAAUAUCUCCAACUAUGUGUCCUGCUUUAUAUUGGGCACAGAAAUCCUCACGGGCAACGCUCGGGUGAUUUACUCGUCGGCUGCUGCAUCUCUGGGCUUCACUUUGGGCUACAUGACGCUGCCGCUCUUCGCCUACUUCCUCCGGAGCUGGAAGACUCUGUUGCUGGCCAUUGGGCUGCCUGGCCUCUUCUACAUCCCCCUGUGGUGGGUCCUCCCUGAGUCUCCCAUGUGGCUGCUGUCUCAGGGCCGAGUGAUGGAGGCAGAGGCCAUCGUGAAAAAAGCUGCCAAGAUGAACCGACUGGUCGCACCAGAGAAGAUCUUUGGCGAUUUCGAGUUGAACGCAAAUGAGGAGAGUCCAGUGGAACGCUACACUAUUUUGGACCUGGUGACUAAAAGAAGCACGGCCAUGACGACCGUCCUCCUUUGCUGGGUGUGGUUCACGCUGAACAUCUGCUACUUCGGCCUGUCCCUGAACACGUCACAGCUCCACGCGGAUCCGUACAUCAGCUGCUUCCUGUCCGCCGUGGUGGAAAUGCCGGCGUAUGUGAGUUGUAGCUUGGCCAUCCGGUACCUGCCGCGACGCCUCGCCGUGGUGGCUGCCUUCCUCACCAUGGGCCUGGCAUUGCUCUUCAUUCAGCUGGUGCCUCAGAGUAUUCUGGGUCUGGCCGUAGCCUUGGAGAUGUUGGGUAAGUUUGCCGCCACAGCUGGAACGUCACUGCUAUAUGCCUUCACCGCCGAGCUUUACCCGACGGGCCUGAGGAACACAGCAUCCGGGACCUGCGUCAUGGUGUCGCGAACAGGAAGCUGCCUUGCGCCUUUUCUCAUACAGAUGAACAUCUACUUCAAGUAUCUGCCGUAUAUCACCUUGGGCACUCUGGCCAUGCUUUCUGUCCUGGCCACGCUCUUCCUGCCAGAGACGUUUAGGCGACCGCUUCCCGGGACCCUUGAACAGAUGCAAAAGAGGCAAAGAAUCAUUUGUCCUGACAUCUGCAGACAUAAAACCUCCAAAUCCAUAAAUGUCUUUGAAAGACAACUGUGAAUAUUGUUUUUUUAUUUUUUUUUUUAUUUUAUGUAUUCAUAGAAGAAUAAAAGACAAAACAUGUCACCUGAGUAUUCUAUUUUUUGUAUAGUAAAUAAUAUCUAAUGAUAUAAUAUACAAUAAAUAAUGUAAAAACAAAACAAAAAAAUCACAACUCCACGAGCUAAUAAUUUUUGUGAUUUCUAUUGGAAAUAUUCGAUGUGUGACUAGACAUCCAUGGACAUGCUGUCUCUUCUUCUUUGGUGUGUGUGCAUCUGUACAUGUUCUUCAACAUCGAGAGGACAAAAGAGAGUUUUACACACACACACACACACACACACACAAUUACAUUGAAAAAUCGUGCACACUGAGAAUUUACAUUAAAACGUAUUAAUUUGACCCCUUUUUCCUAACAUUGUUUAAUUAAAAUGUAUUUAUUCAUUUUUUAGUUAAUUUAUCUAGUUAAAUAAUUUCAUAGAUUUUUUG